CCCAGCAGAGGGAACACUGAAGGAACACCAUGGCCUUAGCGGGAUGCCCUGACUACUUCCUACAUCACUCAAACUACCAGGCCCGGGGGGCUCGGGAUUGAUGGCGUGACGUCUCACUGGGGCCGAUUGGACGAUGGAGGUGACGUCGCCUCAGCUGCCUUACUCCUCUUAAUGGAGGUACAAAAAUGCAGCUCCCUGCUAACCCAAACCGUGGGACCGCUGAGCCCCCCGGAAAGCAUGGACCGCACUUCCUCUCACCGGCCCGAGGAGCUGAUUGUUCCAGGCUUUCAGCGCUCGGCCAAUGAAAACUUGCCACAUCAUCACGACGACGAUGUGGAUCUGGAGCAGCUGGUGAAUGACAUGAACUCCUCCAUGGAGAGCGUUUACUCUACGCAGGCAGACACGGCGCUGCUCCUGAACAACGGCCACGUGCCCCCUCCUCACAACCACCACAUGCACCCUGCCUACCCGGCACACGGCCAGGCCCACCGGCGUCACACCCCGCCCCUGCCCCUUUCAUCCCCCUCCAGGGAGAAGCUGCGGCACUCCCAGCCCAUGCACAUCCAGGCCGUCAGGUGUCUGCAGGAAGAGCAUCUGCUGCGUCCGGCCUCCCUGCCCGCCAUCCCCAACCCUUUCCCUGAGCUCUGCAGCCCGGCAGGCUCCCCCGUUCUCAGCCCCAUUCUGACCGCCGACAACCACAGACGCGGCAUUACGAACAUCGGGGACGACAGGGAGGCCCAGUGGUAAAAGAGACCAUUGAUCAAGCAAAGAACUCUGGUUCAAGACCCCUGUGUUGGCAGGCAUCCAUCCUGCUGAAGUAGCUUUGAGCAAGACACCGAAAGUCUUCCAGCUCAGGGUUCAGUGCUCAGAAAAUGACCCUAACCUCUGACCUCCCUGUGGAAAAAGGCAAGUGAAAAGACGGUUUUAAUGUGAAAAAAAAAGAUGUGAAAGAGUCAGUUUCUCAUGGUUUGUUAUUCGUUGUGUGGUCUGAUUAUUGAAAUAUCUAGUGCUUGCAAAAUUUUAGAAAAUUUGCCAUCUGAUCGAUUGGGCGUUUUUCUUUUUCAGCCUUGCCAGCAGUCUCUAGGGAUGGCAGUGUUGGUCGAUUUGGUCGGUCCACCGUUUUGAUCCAGACUGAAAUACCUCAACAGCUUUUGGAUAAACUGCCUUGACAUUUUGCAAAGAUAUUCACAGUCCCCAGAGGAGGAAUCCUAAUGACUUUAGUGAUACCCUGGACUGUCCCUCUAGCGCCACUGUGUCUUUGAGUAAAAUAUCUCACCAAAUAUUGGAUGGGUUGCCAGAAAAUGUGGUGCAGAUGUCAAUGGUUAACACAUUUCUGAGACUUUUCAUCUAGCGCCAUCAUCAGGUCAACAUUUCUAUUUGUCCAGUACUCUGAUUUAUGACAAAAUAACUGCAUAACUAAUGACGUUCCCAUCAGCUUCAGCUGUACUUGAUGGUGAACUUGGCGAACAUUACAGCUGCUAAACAUGAACAUUACAUAACAUUGUGCUUGUGAUCAUGUUAGCAUAUUGAGAUUAGCAUUUCCCUCAAAGCGCCGCUGUGUCUUACAUUAAGUACAGCCUCAGAGAGCAGCUAGCAUGGCUGUAGACUCUCGUUUCCAGAUUAUUUCAUAUCUAAUACAUGUCAGGAGUUAAUGUUGUGAUGGAAUCUUCAAAAAAGAUAAGAUAAUGGAUACAGUUUAUAUAUAUGCUGUAGCAGUGUGAUGAAAAGUAAUUCAAGACCAAAGCUCUGAGUCACACACUCUCUCUAUUUAGGACUCAUACCUCCCCCUCUGUCUAUGGUCAGCUGAUGAACUUCUGCACGCAAUGGUCUGCUGACCCACUGCAAUCAGAUCAGGUGCAUGUACACGUGUGUGUGUGUGUGUGUUUGUGUUAUGAAGGCUUACAGGAUUUCUGAGUUCCUGCCAUGCAGUAAAUGUUUUACAUGUUUUGACAAUGUGAUGACUCAACAUUGUAAUUGCGCAGCAAACAUACACUUCUUUGACACCCACAAAUACACAAACAAACAAAUACACAAACACACAAACAUACGCUUGCAUGCGCUGUCUGAGGACUACAUGUGUCAUUACUGUCAAACUAGAACAUGAUGCUACGAUAACUUAUUCUCAUAGAAACCAUAAGAAUGCAGCCGGAUAAUGAUGCGAGCAGAUGGUUUAAAGGACCUCAGUUGUUACAAUAUCCAGAUGAACUCUUGUUUGAGGUCAUUUCUCCCAGUUAGAGCGCCAGGAAUUGCAUUUGAUUUCAGCUCUGAUGAAACUAUUUUUAGAAUUUGUUUUGGGGAAAUUCCCGAAGAGGGAGUUUCACUUGUCUCUUGGAAUUUUAACAAAUACGAUCAGUGUCCCGUACAAUGACCAAACUUGUGUUUCAUCACUGUUUUUUUUUUUUUUUUAAAUUUUAUUUUGAUAUCUGCCAGGUCAAAAUGUGGUUUAUAUUUUGUUUUUUUGGAUCGAUAUCACCAACACUCGCAUAGUACACGUCUAUCAGUCAGUAGAGGUCUUUCUGUCUGAGUGUGUGUAUGCGUGCGUGACAGUGUUGGGUCGUCGGGAGGUGGGGAGGUGAGCCACUCAGUGAGUCUUUGUGGUGGCGCUCCAAUGAGGUGAAAUUGAGUUUGGCCUGUCUGCAGAGCUAAUCAGCUAUGUCUGGCUUGAAACCCGAACACUCACAGACAUGAAAGACAGCUGACACUGUAAUAGACCAGAGUGGGAAGUCUCCAACCAACCAGCAUUCAGAUGCUGACAUUAGUGGAAGCCUCCACCAGACAGACAGAUGCAGCUGCUGGUAUGAUGAUUUCUUACAGGAUACUCUAAGAAUUGUCUGUUAAGUUAAUAUUAUAUAUUUAUAUUAGCCAUUUAACACGUUAUUUUGUAAAGUAAACAAGUUACAUCAAUUGGUCUGUAAGUCUAUCAGAUUCAGAAUAGGGUUUAUUGUCAAGUAGCUUAUUCACGUACGAGCGGUGCAUACAACAAACAAUAACAAUUAUAUACAAAACAUAGUAAGGAAACAAAUGCAGGCAAAAUGCUGCAAGAGUCAAGAAGAUGAAUAUAGAAUUAAAAAAACUACAUUAAAGAAUACUAUAAUAUGUACAUUAUAACUGCAUAUUUCUACACAACAUUUAACAUUAAAGCUACAUUAAUACAUGUUUUUAGUUUAACAAUGAAAGAAGAUUUAUUGUACAACUAUAAAUCACAAGGCAGCAGAUAUAAUGGCCAAUCACGUGACAUAGACCUGGAAACUAUUACCAUGGUGACUCUACAUCAACAUAUUAUUUGUCAUGUAAGGAAGACGUGAAGUCCUGAGCUGGUUUCAGUACCAAAUACACGACCACAUUAGAUCCACAUUCUCCUUUUUUUUUUUUUUUUUUUUUUAUCAACAUCCAUAUUUUUCCCAUUUUUCUUCCAGUUUUACAUUUGCUUCUGCCACAAUGGUGCAGAAAGAUGGUGGCCGUCACUACCCUUGCCCCCUCCACUCUGAACGAAUCAAGAUUGCUUUUACAAUCAGCAGGUCGUAUUACUAUUAUCUGCUCCGGCUUAAAACGUGUGUGUGUGUGUGUGUGUGUGUGCGCGUGCGCUAGCUGGUAUGUGUCUGUACAUUCGUUGUGUGUUUGCUUACAGCCUGAUAGGUUUAGGGGCCCAUAAACCUCUUGGUCAAGUGGGCCUGACCCUGGCGCAGAUUAUUGUGUUUGAGCUCUGACCCUGUGGCCUGUGUGUGUGUGUGUCUUUGGUUAUAGGCAUAAAGGUGAUUGUCCAUGACCCUUCAAUCCAAUAUGCCGUGGCUACAAGCCCGCUUUACGCGUGUGUGUGUGUUAGAAGCAGCAUAGGAGACCAAUAACCCUGUACAUAACCCCCCCUCACACGCCUCUGGUGGAGAGAAAAAGACGGAUGUGGGGGAGGGUAAAACAGAAGGGGGAGGACUAAGCCAAGGUGAGUUAAAUUUCAUUGUGUAAAGAUAAAACCUGAUAAACACUUAGGAUGAAGGCCAAGGAUUUGAAGGACCUUGCAGGUAGAACAAUUGUUUGAAAGUUAAAGAAGAAAUACAUGAAAUACAGAGUGGGAAACGGAAGAAAUUAGAAAGAAAAGGAAGAUUUAAGAGAAGGAAAGUGUGCUUGCCCACCCUUUCUUUCUCGUGUGCUCAUCACACACAUGAACAUGCACUCAGUAACAGCCCAGCGUUAUACUGCUCCCCGAACGGCUGCAAAACUUUAGCGUGAGAUGGGAGGAAAAAGUCAAGCAGUAAAGUGAAAAAAAAAACAGUUUAUCAUUUUGUCUUCCUCUUUUGUGUGUGUGUGUGUG